AGCCAGUAUGCUAGCUAACAAACAGCGAAGUGAAGCAUAGCCUGUCUUAGCUAGAGCCGCCACCAUAAAAACGUACUAAAAAUGACUUUCCUUACUUUCAUCCCUUACUUGUUGAGUUAACUAACAACUGUAUGGUGCUGCGGUGGUGUGAGACGAGGAGCUAGCCUCGCAGCUAACCUGCUAAAGGACUACUUAUAACUGUUAGCCGGUUAGCUGCUAGUUAGCAUCCAUGGAGAAGAAACCCAACCCUAACAUGCUGUAAACAAGACGCUCCAGCUGGUCUUUAAUUAGCCCAAUUAAAGACAGAAUACAACAGAAUGACAGAGGAUGCCGUCUUGUUGAACGUUCCUGUCAUUCGGCAGCUGUACCACUGGGACUGUGGCUUAGCCUGCUCCAGGAUGGUGCUGAAGUACCUGCACCCACUCAGUGACGAGGAGUUCCAGAGAGCAUGCUGGGAGCUGAAGCUGACGGAGAGUGUGUGGACUAUCGACCUGGCCUACCUCAUGUGCCAUCUAGGAAUCAAACACUGCUUUUGCACGCAGACUCUGGGUGUUGAUAAAGGCUUUAGGAAUCAGACCUUCUAUAAGAAACACUUUGAUACAGAAGAAGACCGAGUGAAUGAGCUUUUCCUUAAAGCGGAGAGCAAAGGUGUCACGGUGAAGAAAUGCUCUGUGCCGCUUCAGGAGAUCCAGUCUCACCUGGAGCAGGGCCACGUGGCGAUCGUCCUGGUGAACGCCGUGGUGUUGACCUGUGACCUCUGCUCCUCGCCCGUCAAAUACUGCUGCUUCCUGCCCGUGGGACAGAAGUGUUUCUGCAGGAAGCCAGAGUACCAGGGGCACUUCGUGGUGGUGUGCGGCUACAACAGGACCACCGGCUGCGUUUUCUACAACAACCCGGCGUACUCUGACCGCGUGUGCUGCACCAGCGUCAGUAUUUUUGAGGAGGCUCGGCGGAGCUAUGGGACAGAUGAAGAUAUCCUGUUGAUCUAUAAGGAGAGUUGAUGGACAGUGAGGAUGAGUUUUAUCUUCCUCUUCCUCAGCUCAUCGUCGUAGCGACAGGACGCUUCAGACCAAGGACUCACAGCUUCUAUCUUUCUCAGUUUCUCCGGUCUUAUCAAUACCACUCGAAGGCUGGGAUGAUAAUAAUCCAUAUUGAAUUUAUUUUUAUAUCCACCUUCGCUGAGCAGAUGAGUCUAAAUUCAUUUUAUUGUGGAAUUUUAACGACUGACAUUGGAGCUAAGGAAAUCUCAAACUGUGAGAGUAUGAGACUUGUAAAUAAAAUGUGGGAAUCAUGACAGGAUAGGAAAUGUACUUGUGCUUAUAAUCCAUCCAGGACUGAUGAUGAGAACAUUUAAUUUAUCCUUUUUAGAAAGUCAGUCGCUUCCGAUGGACCAUGAUGGGAUUUUAUUUUGGAGUCAACGACGAAAGACACAAAUAUUUUGCCAUGAAUUAGACAUGUUUUGGUCAAUUUAAAAGAUUGGUAUAAGACAGUGGCGGGCGUUAUUUAAAGGGCCACACAACGCUUUAUCUCUUAUUUUUUCCAGAAAUAAGAUCACAUGAGUGACACUUGGAAGAGGCGGGACUUCCUCUUAAUUUAUUCGUCCUGUUGAAUCCUCAUCACCAGUUUCAUCUCCAUCUAAAUCCUUUACUUACCUCAUUGUUACUUUUUAUUCUUAUAGAGUGGUGCAGGAAAGAGUCCUAAAACACGGAAAUACGUCCGAUUCCCUUGUGUGGAAGUCAAUGGUUUUUCUGAAUGUGUUUUUGUUUUUUAAGCCUGAAAUAAGGUCUGUGGUUAACACAACGUUUUGUUCUAUGACAUAAAAUACGUCAGUUAUACCCCACUGGUGAAUGUAAACAUGGCAGUUGCUAACAAGUGUCUAAAUGAGACGACUAAAGAUCAUCACGCCCAACAUUAGCCACCUUU